UCGCACACACCAGCAGCAGUCCAUGCCAGACUGCCCGCGCAAUGUGCCAUGACCUCCUUGUAUCCCCAGGCAUCGUUGACCCCUCUGCUGCCAGGGCCGCAGGCGGUAGGUACCCAGAAGGCGCAGGAGCAAGAAUGCGCUCGGCGCCGGGUGCUGCUCUCCUGUCACGUGCAAGACCUUCUGAGCGCCAGCACGGAGACUGGGCCCACGGCUCGGGCUUUGGUCAUUGAGAAGGGGCCCGCGGUUCCUGAGCCUUUGGCACCUGGGCUGCUGGACGAGCAGCAGCUGCAGCGGAGCCGUCUGCCGGAGCGAGCGACCCGGGACCCCGCCGAGCGCAAGGCCAGCUUGAGGAGGGUGGUGCCGCACACCUGGGACCCUUGGCCGACUCCGGAGCCCUCCUUGGCGCAGCAGCCGCUGCUGAUGCUUGGGGACCACCAGGACAGUUUGGGCGCUCAGCGAGUUCUGCUGUGGGACGAGACCCGGCGCUGCUUCGCGGCCCAUUGGCCAGCGCUGCUGCCUGCGGACUUCUGCAGCCACAGUUUCGAGGCCUUGAUGGCCCACGGGCCUUGGGAGCCGCUCCACAGCAAGAAAGGCCAAGUGACCCGCGAGACCUGCUGGUACGUGCGAGGCGGCUGCCGCUGCGAUUACACCUACGGCAUUGCGCGCGUGCGGGCCAAGCGCAAGCAAACCAGCGCUUUCCGGGCAGCGAUGGAGAUGCUCUUGACGGAGGUCAUGGGCCGCAUGUGUCCCUGGCUGCCUAAAGAGGCAUGGCCGAACUGCGCCAAUCUGAACCUCUACACGGAGGCCUAUCAGUCUGUUGGUUGGCAUGCAGACGACGAGUCGCUGUUUUUGGGUCGGGACAAAGACUGCCCCAUCAUCUCGGUGUCCCUUGGCGCCAGACGCGAGUUUUGGCUGGGCCUGCGGCACGAGGGCUGCUGCAUGGACCCGCAGCUGAAGAGCAUCCUGGAGGUGGACCUCUGCAACGGGGACAUCCUCACCAUGGAGGGGCUGUGCCAAAAGCAUUGCGUGCACUUCGUCCCUUGCGAUGUCCGCAACGUCGCAGCGGAAGCCCAUCGUGCUCGGAUCAACGUCACCUGGCGAUGGAUCCGGGACCACAAGCAGCGGUGCCCAAAACGUCUGGAAAACAGCGCAGAGUUCUUUUUCGAGACCCAUGGUUCACCGCGGCCUGCGCGAAACCUCUCCGUUGCCACCUGGGCAGGACAGCGCGCCCUGGCCUGGCGGACCUGUGACGAGUGCGACCACGACGCCUGGCGGGGCGGCCGGAACUGCGUGCGCCACCAGAAGCAGUGGCUUUGCCGCCUCUGCUUCGAGCACAUGCUCUCUGGCGCCCCGCCGCAACUGCGAUUGCAUGCGCGGGAAAGAGGCCCCAGGCGGCCGGGGCAGAGAGUCGUCGAAGCGCGCGCGGCGGCGGAGGCAGAGGCGGAGGCGAAUCCUGGGCUUCCGGUGUGGUUGGACGGCCGAGUUUCAGCCGCACACCUUCCGGCCGCUCCGCAGGUGAGCCUUCCAAUGCAGCCAAUGCAGAUGCAGGAGCAGCUUUGCAUGAUGCAGCAGGUGCUGGCGCAGCUGGAGGGAGGCUACAGGCCAGCGUGCCCGGCGUCGCUGUACAAGGUGCAUCCGAUGGGCCCGGGAUCUUCGGAGACCAAAGUGUCCUACUAUCCCGACCGCUGAGUGUUCCGGCGCUCUCCGCUCCGCAGAUCUCGCCUGGCGAGAACCUUCAGCACUUGGCCGCGAAACGCGCCGAGUCGUUUCCGUUUCCCAGGCCGAGAAAAUGGUGGG